UAACGCAUGCUGCAAGGGGCCCAGGAAAGGACUAGCACCCCAGGGUUGAAAACCACCUCCCUCCUAAAAGCCGAUCUUCAGAAGAGCCAUCAGACCCCCGUCGGAGGAAAAGAGCUUUGUCCGUUCGGGAUUAUCACAAAGGCACACAAUAAAACAGAUCCUAGUGCAUGGCCUUAGAGCCAGUGGUUACACUAAGAAUGGGUCCAGAGAGACUCUGUCCAAACGAGCAUGAAGAGCUGGGACUGCAAGAGAUGUCUGAUGGCGCCCCUGACCCUGCUGGGGAAUGGAGUGGUGAGGAACCAGAGGAGGAGGAGGAAGGGAGCAGUAAUGACUACUUGUACCAGCCACUGAACCAAGAUCCAGACCAGGGACCAGCAGCUGCUGAAGAAACUGCACCCAGCACAGAGCCAGCCCUUGACAUCAAUGAGCGACUUCAGGCACUGAGGCUGCACCUGCCUGACCCACCUGUAGAUAGCGAUGAGGAGGAGGGGUCUGCAGCUCAGACCAGCCGAAGCUCCAUCCCUAUGGAUCCAGAACAUGUGGAGUUGGUGAAGAGAACGAUGGCUGGAGUCAAGCUCCCCACGCUGGGAAUCCCUGCAUGGGCCAACGAAAUCUCUGACGAUCAAUGGCAGGAUAUGGUGCAGCGAACUCUGCAAGCCAGGCAGAGCCAGAGUGGCUCCAGGGCCGAGUGGAAAUGAAGGUGCAGAACCAGUGGUGGAUUUCCUGCCUCAAGGAGGAAGCUUUGGAUAAGCAUGAAGUGCUGUGCUUGAAACUCUCUCUCUCUGAACUGGUCAGGUAGAUACUGACCUCUUCACCAGCACUGAGACUCCACAUUCAUCUCGUCUGACGAAAAUAUCACUCUUAUUCAUUACUUGUGUGUAACUCCUAACUGGAGCGACUGCGUGGUAGUGUGAUGACUCCCUAGCCUUGAAAUAGGCCUCUCCAAGAAAUAUCAGCCCCUAUAAAGAUCCUUUGAUGUGCAUGUGGUAGUCCUGCUGUUGAACCUGAACCCCACCCCCAUGACAUAUGGGCUAAACAUGGCCAUGAGGUGGAGACCAGUGUGUCAUCUUUUCAAGAGAUCCAUUUUAUUUAGUUCUGUACAUACAGGGACAUCUGUACAAAAUCCAACACUGUCAUACUAUGUAAUACUCUACUGAAAAUAAAGUACACCAUAUGUACAUAUGAACUGUAAA